AUGCCAAAAUCUACAGGUCUAGAUACGAUCUCAACUAAGCUAAUAAAACAGGCAGGCGAUACAAUAACUGAAUCACUUCUAGAAGUGUUUAACCUAUCUCUUAGGACAGGAAUAUUUCCAGAUGAUUGGAAAUUUGCCAAAGUGACUCCAAUAUAUAAGUCAGAAAACAAAACCUUAUGUGAAAACUAUAGACCGAUAUCAGUCAUUUCGAAUAUCGCCAAAAUAUUUGAGAAAUUAGUCUGUAGACAACUAAAUACCUUCCUGGAUAACAACAACAUAAUUGUAAAAAAUCAAUCAGGUUUCCGUCGCAAUCACUCAACCGAAACCUCGUUACUACAAUCUACUGAAAUGUGGUUGAAAUCAAUGGACCAGGGUCAAAUAAAUGGGGUUAUUUUCUUAGACCUGAAAAAAGCAUUUGAUACGAUUGAUCACCAGAUUCUAUUGUCAAAACUACAAGCUCAUGGGAUACGCGACCACACGCUCAAAUGGUUCCAAUCGUAUUUAGAUCAAAGAAAGCAAAUUUGCAUGCUAAAUAACUGUAAAUCUGAUAUUGAAACAAUUCGUUGUGGAGUACCUCAGGGUUCAAAUCUUGGACCUCUAUUAUUUCUCAUUUACAUAAACGACCUCCCUAACUGCCUAGAAACAACACACUCUAAUUUAUUUGCUGAUGACACAAUUUUAUCACGUCAAGGGCAUUUAUCCAUAGAUAUUGAAUACAAACUUAACAAAGACCUAGUAAAUGCUCAAAAAUGGUUAUCAGCGAAUAAACUAACAUUAAACAACGAAAAAACCAAAUAUAUGAUUAUUGGAUCUCGGCAACGAUUAAAAAACUUAGAUCACGUGCCAAAAAAACAGUAUAAACGGACAUCAAAUUGA